AUGCUGACGCUGAUGGUCCUGUGUUUCCUGGUCAUUGAUCUGGCCAUGUUGGUGGUCUACUCGGCCGUGCAGGGCUCACGAGGAGAACUCGGAGCUGAGAGAGUCGAUGACGAUGAGACCAGCAACAUCGAGGAAGGACACCAAGGUAUACCGAGAGAGUUCUAUGUGUAUGUGUGCAGCUCUCUGGCCAGAGACAUCUUUCUUGGCAUCUUCUAUGGCUACAAGGCUCUCCUCCAAGUGUGUGGUCUGUUCCUGGCGUUUGCCACCAGGAAGGUAAAGGUGAAGGGUCUGGAUGACUCCAAGUGGAUUGCAGCCACCAUAUACAUCACCAGCAUUGUCCUGGCCAUCACCAUCCUCUCGCUGUACACACUGGGUGGCCUGCAAAACAGAUUCUCUGGAGUCUUUACUGUCGGUCUCUUCAUUGGGACCACUUUCAUCAUGGCAUUUGUGUUUGUGUCAAAGAUGCACACCCUGUGGAGGGAUCCAGAUGGGAAGACAGUGUUCAGUAAGUCAAGUCCCACUGAAAACCAGCCAUCGACUUCUUAGCGGAACAAGGAACAAUUUUUUUAAACAGAUGACUAGUGUAUUAUUUUACCCAAUGAUACUGAUGAGUGGCAUUUAAAUUAGGUUCCUAAAAAGUUUGUGAUAAAGGCUUGCAAUAUCAGUAUUAUUCCAUCCAUUCACUGUGCA